AAUAGCAAAGAGCACGCGAAUCUAGCCGUCCUGUAACUGAGUCUGGUGAAGGCGACCGACCGCUCCCUUCGUGGUCCCGUCAGAACGAAUUUUAACGUGUAUUUUUUUUCAUAGAAGCACACGCGACCCGCGAUUAGAGUCGUAUAUGGAGGUAAGAAGUGGUAAAUGGCCGUUUCAGCGUGUCAAAUCACGCAAAGUGAACUGAAGUGAAGUGGCCUCGGCGAAGUGUGGAGAUCCAAAAACGUAUAAAAGAGAGAGAGCGAGAAGAAGAGUAGAAAGAAAGAGAAGAGGAGACCCGUGCGAAGUGGUUAUAAGGUUCUCGAGUGCAGUCGUGCGUGUUUUCGAGCAAUGUCUCUCGAGAGUCGUUCGAGCUCGGCCCUGUUUAAAAGGGCUGAACAGCUGAAACGCUGGGAACAGUCCGAGACGAAUCGUGAACCGGCCCAACCACGUCAGAUCCCACGGAAGAUUAAGUUCUCCGCGGAUUGUGUGUUUCUGGCAGCAUGCGCGGCAGGCGACAAGGAGGAGGUCGUACGUUUACUCCAAAAGGGGGCAGAUAUCAACACCGGAAAUGUUGACGGCCUCACAGCGUUGCAUCAGGCAUGUAUCAAUGAUGAUCUGGAUAUGGUCGAAUUUUUAGUGGAAAAGGGAGCUGAUAUCAAUUGUGGAGAUAAUGAAGGAUGGACACCAUUACAUGCAACUGCUUCUUGUGGCUUUAUAUCUAUAGCUAAAUAUUUGAUAGAAAAGGGAUGUAAUUUGGCAGCAGUUAACUAUGACGGUCAAUUGGCUCUUGAUAUUGCAGAAAGUGUUGAAAUGGAAAAUAUGCUGCGGCAACAUAUAAACAAAGCUGGUAUAGACUGUGAUCAAGCCAGAAGCGAAGAAGAAAGGUCAAUGUUAACUGAUGCCAGAGCAUGGCUAGCUGGAGCACAAGGCAAGGAUUCAAUUCAUCCAAAGUCAGGAGCCACUGCUCUUCAUGUUGCUGCUGCUAAAGGCUAUGUUGAUGUUAUGGAUAUAUUACUACAAGCUAGGUGUGAUGUUAACGCUCAAGAUUUCGAUGGCUGGACACCUUUGCAUGCUGCAGCACAUUGGGGACAAUUGGAAGCGUGCGAACUUUUAGUGGAACAUUUUUGUAAUAUGGACAUUAAGAAUUAUGCUGAUCAAACUGCAUUUGACAUUGCUGACACAAAUAUAUUAACUAAUUUGGAGGAGCUGAAAACAAAACAACAACAAUUAAUGAAGGAUCACCCACAAAUAAUUAACAAAAAACAGCCUACUAUACCAAAGAAACGUGUAUCGACAAAUAAUGAAAAUGUUAUAACUUCGCUUGAUUCUGUGGAAACAUUUGAAGAAGAAACACCAAAUAAAGUUAAAAAGGUUGAAUUAGAAAUUCAGUCUGAUAAAGAAGAUUCUAGUACUGGAACAAAUAGCGAUGUUGAAGCAACACGUGAAACAGAUAUGGAAGAGAGUGAUGGUGAAGGUGAAUCUGAGACUAGCUCAGACUCACAUUCCUCCACUUACUCCAAUCAAUCUGAUAAGUCUAAUGAAUCAAACCACUCUCCAUGUCUUACAGAUGAUGAAAAGAAAAAUAGAGCAAAUAAAGAAGAAACAUCUUCGCGUAAUGCUUCGUCUCCUAUUGAUGCUAAAGUUCCUAAUCAGGCACCAAUAAUGCCUCCAAAACAACAGACUGAUAACGAAGAAGGUGUUAUACCAUCUUGGCGGCGUUCUGGUUCUUUCAGGAAUAGGAUACAAAAUACAGAAGCAACGAAUACUUUAUCUACAAGACUUGAGGAAAAGGAUAAAAAUAUUAAAUCCCCAACCAUGCCGAAUAAACUUAACACAGAAUCUGAUGUUGUAUUAACGAGGACGCAUAGUUUCGAAACAGAUGAAAAGUUUUAUGAGCAGUACUUGGCAUUACGAGCUCGCGUCAAGCCGUUUUCCUGCCCUACUCUCCAUUGCUGCAACGCAGCUCCUCCUACUCACACCAAUACUACGACCCGCUCUGCAUCUUUACGCGAAACCCACAGAAGAAAAGAAGCAAAAUUAAACUUGGAACUCUCAAGACUGCCACAAGGAAGCAAUACACUUUCACCAACAUCUACAUCUAAAACAAUAGUGUCUAGUACACUGCCAACUACUACAGCUACUACUACUACAACUGCCACAACAACAACAACUACAACAACAAGUCCUAUUCCAACUAAUCAAAUUCGCAGUGUUCAACCAGUGGAAGGUACAACUGCAAACAAUUCAGUAGCAGUUCCUGGAACUCCUACUACACCAGGAGGGAGCAAGCUAAGUCCAGGAAAUAUCUUCAAGAAUUUCUUCAAAUCCUUCGUUCCUCCUGUUCGUGAUGAAGAAAGUGAAACGCAAAGAAAAGCACAUGCGAAGAGGGUAAGGGAAACUCGGCGUUCAACUCAAGGCGUGACAUUAGACGAGAUCAAGAGCGCGGAACAACUAGUGAAGAAGAAGCAGCAAAACAGCGAAACUCCCACUACAGUAUCCUCUACACAGUCUGCAACCACUACCAGCAACACUACAGCCUCGAUUACAGCUACAAUAACAACAGCAACUCCUACUACUGUUACGGCAAGUAAACCUGAAGAGCUUAAUUUACCUGAAAGACGACCUUCUUGGAGGUUGAAAGUGGACAACGGAAGUAAGUUCCAGUUAGAAGACGCUAACAACAGAGCUACUAGCCUUUCUAAUCCGGAUACAACUACAGCCUAUAUGAGAAGACCUUCCUCGGGCACUACUAUGCCACGACCAUCAUCAGCUCCAGUUGAAACUAUUGCAACAAGUAGCGCAGAAACAACGGUAACAUUACCCCUUAGACGGCCCUUAAAACAGCCUGAAGAUAAAGAACAAGAUAAGGAGAAUGAUAGCAGGAAUGCGCAAGCUACUCAAGCUGUUAUACAAAGGAGACGGAGACCUAAGAGACGGUCAACCGGUGUUGUUCACGUUGAUAUGGAUGAAAUUGAUCCCGAGAAAGAAGACUUAACUGGUGGCGGUGAUUGCGAGGAGUCCAAAAUCAACCACGAGAGUGGGAACGAUCGCUCUGGAAGAUCCAACAGGCUAGGAUCCAUAUCAUCGAUAUCAUCGGAAGCACCUCCUAUGUUGGUUAGAACAAAAUCUACAACUUCCGAGAACGGCGAACUAGACUAUAAAAAAUUAUACGAAGAAUCUCAGGCCGAAAAUGAAAGACUUAAAGAGAAGUUAAGGCGAUCCGACGAACAAUUAAAGGAAGCCAGAAAUUUGUUGGACAAAGCACAAAGUGCCCAAAAUAAAACAGUCCUCUCAGAAGCUGAAAAAAGGGAAAGGAGAGCAAUGGAAAGGAAACUUUCGGAAAUGGAAGAAGAAUUGAAGGUGAUGGACCAAUUGAAAUGCGAAAACCAGAGGCUAAAAGAUGAAAACGGUGCCUUGAUCAGAGUAAUCAGCAAAUUAUCCAAAUAACUUGAAUGGUCUUAAAAGAAGACUAUACAUAGCGUUUCUUAUGUUGCAUUACAAUUGCAUUGAAUGAAUUGUUUUUAGUUAUAAAACAGAAGUAUCAUGAUCAUUAUUGCUAGUAUUCUUAAAAUGUAAAUUACAUCAUCACGUUAUUGAUGAAUCUAUUCUUAAUGCUAGUAAUUUAAUUUAUUAUUAAACAAAUUACUCGCGUGGCUGUGCCAAGAGCGAAGAGAGACAUUGCUCCUAUUUCUUAGAAUUGUGAAUAGUUGAUUAUAAUGGAUCUAGAAUUUUUACUUUCCUCACAUUUUACUCUUCCUCACGAAGAUAAAUUUCAUGGUUCAUUUUAGAGCCGGUGAUUUGCAAAGCAAAAUGUACUUUGUUUGAAUUGAUAAAGAAGGAAAACAAUGUUCUUUAUAACAAUUUUUUUUAAAGAACUCACGUUAUUAAUGUUGACUCUUUAUAAGAACAUUUUGUAAAUAUGUAACGAAUAACGAUAAUGUGGCAUUUUAGAAUUAAAUAAGGAAAAUUUUUUACUUUCGAAAACAUGCAUCAGAAGUAUAUAUCAAAUAUUGUAUAAACUCGUUUCCAUAAUUGUAAUGCAGACGGAAAUAUACAUUCGUAACGUCUUACAAAAUUUAGCCGAACAAUAAAAGGGAAAAUUGAAUUAAGAGGAUGAUUUUCAUGCUGUUCAAGUGGCCUUUCCUGGAAGACUGCAAUUUAUAAUCCUUCCAUCAUUGCCAUUUUUUGCGAAAUGCAGAAAAUUAACGCAUCCAGUAAUGUACGUUUUAAUGUUAUUUUGCGAUUUAUUGUUAACAACACGUAAUUAAAAUUUUUUAGUAUAUGAAAAAGGAUUGACGAUACUUCUAAUGACUGGCGUCAACAAUGAAAACUGUGCUAUUACAUUUAAUAACUGAUUUGAUGUAUUUUAAUUGAUACAAGGAAGAAAUCUUUCUUACUUUUUAGAUAGAGUAUUUUUAAUGAAAUUUUAAUUUUGAUAAAAAAAAAGUUAUAAAUUUAUAGGUAAUGAAGAAAGGACAAAUGACAAUGUAUGGGUAACGUGUUUUUUUAAUGAUGUUAUUGUAAAGAAUUGUACAAAGAUAAGUUGAAAUAGUUAUUUCGUAUUGAUGUUUGUUACAAAAUAACAAUUCUGUGUAAUUGUUUUAGUAUACAUAGUUUGUCCAACAAACUUGUCUCGUUGGAUGAACAAUAGAUACUUUUGUAUUAUACAAUAGUUAUGUGCUUACUGUAUUUAAAAUGAUAUUUGGAUGAAAUUAGCAUCACAUCAAUUGUACAUAAUCCUCGUUAUUGUAUAAAUAUAUAAGAAAAAAAAUCAUUUGUA